UGUGUGUCAAAGUAUGAAAGUAGCUUGCAAGACAGUGUUUUGUCAUAAUUUAAUAAAUAUAAUUUCUGAAAAAUUUGUCGGAUACAACUUUUCAAAGGGUUCCAUUAAUGUUCUUUCUGCGACUAAAACGAAAAUAAUCGUGAUAUAAAAUGGCUUUGUAUUGUGCAAUAUCAAACGAAGUGCCGGAAGUCCCUGUGGUGUCUCCUUCUUCAGGAGCGGUGUUCGAGAAACGUAUUAUUGAGAAAUACAUUAUAGAAAAUGGCGUAGAUCCAAUCAGUGGAAAAGAAUUAAGGGUUGAAGAUCUUAUUGAAAUUAAGACCCCUCCCAUUGUGAAACCAAAGCCACCGAGUGCCACAUCCAUUCCAGCCACUCUGAAGAGCAUGCAGGAUGAGUGGGACGCUCUCAUGCUACACACAUUCACACAGAGGCAGCAGUUACAGACUGCCAGACAGGAAUUAAGUCACGCGUUGUAUCAACAUGACGCUGCUUGCCGAGUGAUCGCGCGUCUAACGAAGGAGGUGACGGCCGCCCGAGAGGCCCUCGCUACACUUAAGCCCCAAGCUGGUAUUGUCGCACCACAACCGGCACAUGCGGCGGAAGCGGCGGCGGGCGGCGGCGGCGCGGUGGCCAUCGGCAUGUCGGCGGAGGUGGUGUCGCGCCUGCAGGAGCGCGCCACGGCGCUCACGCAGGAGCGCAAGCGGCGCGGCCGCACCGUGCCCGACGGCCUGCAGCCGCCCGACCAGAUCCGGGCCUUCCUCACGCUCGCCUCACACCCGGGUCUCCACUCGGCCAGCGUGCCCGGUAUCCUAUCGCUGGACAUCAACCCGUCGGACCACAGCCGCCUGUUGACUGGUGGAAACGACCGCAACGCUACCGUCUUCAACAAGGAUACUGAACAGGUGGUGGCGAUCCUGAAGGGCCACACGAAGAAGGUGACGCGCGUCAUCUACCACCCGGAUGAGGACACCGUCGUCACCGCGUCGCCCGACCACACCAUACGCGUGUGGAACGUGCCCACAUCGCAGACGGUGGUGCUGCUGCGCUCGCACGAGGGUCCGGUGACGGGGCUGUCGCUGCACCCCACGGGCGACUACGUGCUGUCCACCUCCACCGACCAGAGCUGGGCCUUCUCCGACAUACGCACCGGCGCGCUGCUCACUAAGGUGAGCGAUUCCUCCGGCAUCAGCCUGACGACGGCGCAAUUCCAUCCGGACGGACUGAUCUUCGGCACCGGCACCGAGAACUCGCAGGUGAAGAUCUGGGACCUGAAGGAGCAGAGCAACGUGGCCAACUUCCCCGGACACGUGGGGCCCGUCACCUCCAUAUCCUUCUCUGAGAACGGGUACUACCUAGCGACGGCGGCGGAGGACGCGUGCGUGAAGCUGUGGGACCUGCGCAAGCUGAAGAACUUCAAGACGAUCCAGCUGGAGGAGGGCUACGCGAUCAAGGAGCUGUGCUUCGACCAGAGCGGCACCUACCUGGCGGUGGCCGGCUCCGACGUGCGCGUGUACCUGUGCCGCCAGUGGCAGGAGCUCAAGGUGUUCAACGACCACACCGCCUCCGCCACCGGCGUGCGCUUCGGCAAGAACGCGCAGUACAUCGCCUCCACCAGCAUGGACCGCACCCUCAAGCUGUACGGCAUCGAGUAGCCUCGCCUUCGCCAAUGUUACAUGUAGGUAUAGAGAGAUGUCCGAUUUGGAAUUUUUUUUUGUUGCUGAUACAAACUUUUUGUCAGUUUCGAAACUACCCGCUUAUGAAUAAAUUUCUUAACGUAAUGUGAUCAAUUCUUCGCGUCUUUCUUUGAAAAACUAUUGGUGUUCAAUAUUGAUUUAUUUGUAAGUGAGUGGAUUGGUCAGAUUUUAGCGUGAUUCGUUUGUUAACAGAUCGUAAAUUAAUGGUAAUAAAUGAAUUGCUAAGGUAUUCUUUUCAAAAUUUUCUUUAAGAAAUUGUUAUAGUGUAAGAAAUUCAACUGCGAAAUGACUUUGCAUGAUACUGAUAUUUUACAGCUAUAAGUGUCAAGUUUAAUUAAGUGUAAUUAAUAAUUAUUUAGUAAUUAUAGUUAAUACUUUUGUACGAAAGUCUGGACGAGUGAUGAUUGAUGCAAAUGACAGAUUCAAUAACAACUCUAGCAUAAGUACAUACAACUCUAUUGUUAAAAUAGUAUAUGCAAAUAAAUUGAGUGACCAUAUAA